GUAUACAACAUUUUCACUGUGUUUUUUCCUAGGUAAAACAUAUGAUGUGUUCAUAUCGCACAUUGGGAGUGAGAAAACUGUUCAGUUUUGUAAACAGCUUUUGGAAUACCUGGAGAACAAGUGGAACUUUAAAACUUGCUUAGUUGAGCGUGAUCUGCUUGCUGGGGCUGCAACGUGUGAUAAUAUUGUGGAAUCGGUGAAAGACAGCAGGUGUUUUCUUCUAGUGUUAACUCCUGAUUAUAUACAAGUUCCAUCUGAUUGUGAUCAAAUAGUAUCAGAAAGUCCUGAAUAUGUAAAAGAAACUCACUGGCGACCAUACGAGUUUCAAAUUGCAUUAGAAGAAUCUCUCAAACUUCAAACUCGUAUAGUAAUCAUUAAGUUGGAAAAACUUCCUGCAAAUAUUAACAUGGACCACAUGAAAACGUUGAAGCAUGUCAUUGGUGUCACACGCUGUCUAAAAUGGGAACCAAAUGUUAGAAGAAAACAAGAUAAGUUUUGGAAAAAUUUAUUGUACCAGUUGCCAACCAGUUCUAAAUGGAGGCCGACAUUUGGACAAUUAGUACAACCAGGAACUAGAUUAUCACAACACAAAUCAGCAGAUGAUGAAAAACCAUUGAAUAGACAAUUUAGUGAUGAAAGUGGGUAUGGGGAGGGCUCACCAACUGAAGAAACCUCUGCACCAUUUUAUAGCAUAUCAAAUGAGUUGGGUAAUAGCAGAGAAGGACAUUCAUAUAGCAGUAGUCAUGGAGAUAUACAAGUCAGUGUGGAAGAAAACAAAUAUGGCCAUCAAAAAGAUGAAAAUAUUCAAGCAGAAAUACCAAACUCUGGUAAAUUUAUCGUUUGA